AUGGAUAACUCUUUCAGCCGUGAUUCUUGGGAACAUCACACUAUCUCCGCCAGCGCCAUUUAUUCCAAUUUUCAGAACGAAGGCACCCGUCCGAGACAACCAGAACAUCCGGAUAAUUCAUCAUUCAAGAAGGAGGGAAAUGAUGAAGAGGAGCGAGGAUUGGGCAGCCAUGUCAGUGAGGUUCAAAAUCAUACUGUCCUUUCAGCGGAACCUGCACAAGCUCAUGACACCAAGCGAGAACAAUUGGUCGAUGAGGUUAGCAGGAUCUAUGCCGGAUUAAAGAUGGUGGAGAAUAAGUGCAUUGAAACAACCAAGCAGCACACCGAGUCGUCAAACAGAUUGCCGGAUUGUCAAUGGCAGGCUCUAAUUUAUUUGCACCGGAUACUGCUCCAGGAGCAUCAUGACUUCUUUCUUGCCACGCAGCACCCGUCUGCGAGCCUGGCUUUGAAACAGUUACCUGAGAGGUACGCCAUGCCGGCCCGCAUGUGGCACUAUGGUAUCCAUUCAUUUCUGGAAUUAUUGCGCAAUCAACUUCCAGACUUGCUGGAAUGUACACUUACAUUCCUUUACUGGGCGUAUUCAAUGAUGACCCUAUUUCUGGAAAGUGUUCCCGCGUUUGAAGAUACCUGGAUUGAAUGUCUUGGUGAUUUGGCCCGAUACGGCAUGGCCGUCGAAGAUUCCAUUGCUCGAGAUUGCGAGAACUGGGCCGGCGUGGCCCGGUACUGGUAUCACAAAGCAGCAGAUAAGAAUCCAAACUUUGGCCGGAUCCAACAUCACUUUGCUGUUCUUGCCUGCCCAGACAUGCUUCAAGAGCUGUUUUACUACACAAAGAGUCUUGUCAGUGUCGACCCGUUCCCUCCUGCUGGAGAGAAAAUUAAGUUGUUAUUUCGCCGCGUUCAGAACGAACCUAAGCCUGAUAAUCAACCGACAGUUGCUGUGUUUAUGACUAUUCAUGGAAAACUGUUCGCGCAACGUCCUCUGUCUGGUUUCAAGACGCUCAUGAAUGCAUAUCUGCUCUGUCUGGACAAAUUCAUCGGUCAACUUGGGAGUGAGUUCAAGAUGCAUGGCGUUUUUAUCGCAUCGUGCAAUUUCGCUGCCGUUUUUCAGUAUGGGUCUACUGAUGCUGUGCUGUCUAAUGAGUUCAAGGAGAGCUUGGCACAAGAAAAGACCAGUCUGACUUCAUCAAAGAAUUGGACGCCUGUUGAGAACUUGGACACAAUUGAGGCUGAGUUUUGCGAGUAUAAGAACUCACAAUCCCAGAAAAGACUGGUCUACUACGGUGCUCAUGUCACCUUCAAGACUUUGUCUGCCUUACUGGAUCAGAUUGGCAACAAGAAUGUCUUUCCAGCAGUGCACGCCUAUUUGGCCUUUAUCUGGUGCAUGACUCGCAAUAACAACAGCAUAAGACAUAUCGAACUAGUUGUGCCAUGGAGAAAACUCACUGUGUUCCUCAAUGCGAUGAUCUGGAGCAACAUAGAUUUUCGCGUCAUGGAAAGGGAUGAGAUCCCUAUUGUAGAGGACAGGAAGUGUUUCCCAGAAGAUUUCCUUUUCCGUGGGCAGGUCUGGAGUCAGCGAUACUUCUCUGCUGACUAUUUCGAGGGUGCUUUGGCAGAGGAUGAUGGACGCUCAGUUGAGGUGCUGUCCCUGACCGUUGCGAGAAUGUAUCGAUGUUUAUGGUUAGGGGUUCAACUUGCAAAGCUCGACCGUUGGAUCAUAUAUGAUGCGUCAACUUCCCCCAAAUUUUCUGUGACACAAUUUACCCUAAACCUCGAAAACCGCGCUCGAAGUUUUGAUCUAUGA